CAGCCGUGGAGUGAAAGGCUAGGCGAGGCUGGGAGUCGCAAACCUUACACCUCAGUCCAUCCGCGUUGUCUGGUGCGACGGGUGUGUGAGAGUGAGCGAGUGUAUGUCCUAGCCUCUGCUUACACCAACACUCUCACACCAAGGUUGUACCUUACCCUACAACACCCAUAGUGAAGACAACUGUUUAUCAUUAUUACAAUCACAAGACAACGCUUAAACUGAAUACCUCACACAGCGAUAUUAGAUACUUUAUCGCUACUCCAUUCCUUGGGUAUUACAAACACCUGAUGCUAAUGAUGGAUAAACAUUUACCUACAACUUAACUAAAUUAACUUAGGACCGCAGAUGACCUCACACUAGAACAUGUAUUUAAAACUUUUAUCCACAUCAUUUAUUCCAAGCUCUUAAUUACUCUUAUUACAUAAAAUAUAUGAUAAACGCCGAGGCACAAGUGAUUAGUCGAGUAGAACGAGGUAAUUUUGUGAUCAUCUUGGUACUUCAAGACCACUGCAAGUGCUCGGUUAUAUUGACUACAAGAACCAUCACCACCACCAGUCUGUCACCAGAAGAGCUUCCAUGCCUUGUCCUUAAACAGGUGCGUCGGGGCACAGCUGUGGGCACACCUCUGGUCACGUGUGCAUACGCAUUGGGGCAGGUGUAGCCACACCCCUGAGAAGGUGUGUCAAGCAGCAGGUGUAAACACACAGGAAAGAUGGAGGUGGUGACGCCGUUUACCGUGUGAGAGAAAGGUGUUGACGUGUUGAGGAAGCCAAGAGCGGCCACAGUGGGGAAGUGGACGCUGACAGAUGUCUGUGGCCACACAGGCCACAGCAAUAUGGUAAAACUAGUCACAGCUGUGGUGGUGGUGGUGUUGAUGGGUGUCGGGUUGGGACAGGCCAGACCGCAGGAUGUGCAGGCCAGACCGCAGGAUGUGCAGGCCAGACUGCAGGAUGUGCAGGCCAGACCACAGGAUGUUCAGGCCAGACCGCAGGAUGUGCAGGCCAGACCGCAGGAUGUGCAGGCCAGACCGCAGGAGGUGCAGGCCAGGACGCAGCACACCCCAGUAACUCAGGAGGCCUUCAGCAGGACUCCAGACGGUGUCUGGCCACACUUGGACACACAGGAGAGAUUUGUUAUCGCCGACCCUCAACCUCACCAAGCCGAGCACCAAUGGGGUCCUCCCCUGUGGGCAGGUCAACCAGAACUCAGGUCCAACCUGCCAUGGAACACCACCCCGAGAAUUUUUCCCUCGACUUCUGAAAGAGAAAGAAAUUCUGAGGAGUUUCGCAACCACCUGUCAGCACCAUCUGCAUUUUUCACUCUUAUUCCCUCCUCCCCACCAUCACAGUCCCUUGCUGUUACUCAUCAGGACGAUGGUAACAUAUCUUCCUCCCUGCCCCUUCUACAUUCUUUCUCUCCUUCCUCCUUUUUCUCUCUAUCCUCUCUGCAUGCCUCACAUAGAAUUCAAUAUGAGUUCUCGCUGGCUUCUCUCACCGCCCAUCCUGGACCAAUGCUCAAACAUACGGUCGCAAAACGAUCCUCCUUCCCUCCAAGUGUUGAAUCGAACUCCUUUCAAGCAAAACGGAAAUGGCCCUCUGCCCCUCCUAAAUCAGAACCCAAAGAUGGCACACAACCAGAGCCCACUGACGACUCACUCCCAGGGUAUGACGACAACACACCCGUGAGACCCAGUGAAGGUACACUUCCAGGGUCUGAUGACAACACACCCCUAAGGCCCAGUGAUAAGACACUCCUAGGGUCUAACGAUGACACACUUCCAGACCCCACAACACCUGCAAGUCAACACAGCACCUUGACUGCACCUGUGCUACAUCGACGAAUGUUACAACACCCCAGCAAUGAUAAUCAGCAUGUACACAGCCCAGCACAAACAUCAGGUAGGAAACAGGUAGGCCACAGAGGCCUGAAUUACAGACGGCUCAAACUACCCGGAGAGAGGUUUCCCUGGAGACGACCAAAACUACCUUCUGUGACAAAGUCAUCCCCAAACCCUGACUCCCUACCAGACAACACAGAUGGCACAGGUGCCAUAGACGACCACGUCUCACCCACACCACAACGACGAGGCAACACUUCCAAAAGUAACAUGGACAGAACACUGAAGAACCAACAACCCACCAGCCGGCUUAACCACAGCCUGAGACUCCAUCCUUACCGUGGCACCUACCCCUUCGAGUCAGAGGUCCGUGGGGAAGGCUACCAUUCCAGGAUUCGGUUUGACCCCUUUGGUAGUGGGGUGCCUCUAAAGGACCAACACGCACCUAGGAGCCAAACCUUCGGCAACUGGUCACCCCGCCCAGUUCCAUCAGCUCAAGGAGAAGCAUUUAGCCAGUUUCCUCCAGCAGACCGACCACCGCAACCCCCAUCCUUCCCUCCUUCCCCUGCCCGACAUCCAACACCUCCCUCCUUCCCUCCUGCCCCUCUUCAACACCCACAGCGCAGGAGGCCUGCAUCCAUGACUGCUUCCAGCUUUGCACAUCAACUUCCUGGGUACCAGCAUCCACCUAUCAGAAAGCAGCCACACACAUUUCCAGCAAGUUCUCAUGUGUCUCCUCUGCAUUCCUCUCUCACACCUCCUUCUCCUCCUCCUCCUCCUCCUCCUCCUCCUCCUCCUCCUCCUCCUCAGCCUCCUUCCUCUGUUCCACCUCCUUCUCCUGCACCUCCUCCUUUUGCACCUUCUCCAGGCAUGAGCUCUGCAAGACCAUUUUUGCAUCCCAGUAACCUGGCUGCUCUACUGGAAGGUGACAGUGUAGGUGACAGCUCUACACCUGACAGUCUCGAUGAUGGAAUCCCACCUGCCAGCACUGAUGGAAUCCCACCUGCCAACACCAAUGAUGGAAUCCCUCCUUCCAACACUGAUGAUGAUAUCCCACCUACCAACACUGAUGAUGGAAUCCCACCUGCCAACACUGAUGAUGGAAUCCCACCUGCCAACACUGAGGAUGAUAUCCCACCUGCCAGUGAGGAUGAGGGGGCCUUGUUCGCCAAUGUGAAUGAUAACCACUCACCUGCCAGUCAACAUGAAGGGACCUUGCCUACCAGUUCACAUAAUGAUCAUUACCCUGCUAAUAAUAAUGGCCCCCCAACUGCUGAUGACUAUGAUGUACCCCACACUGAUGCUCCACUACUCCAUGCUCCAGCUGGCUUUGAUGCUGAUAGAAUUCAUGUGGGUCCACAGGAAAGAGGACCUUCCAAUUUCGAGUAUGACUAUCCAAGUAUUCCUGUCUUCAAUGACGGCCCAGAAAGAGAGGAGAGUGCAGACAUUUUAGAACCACCAAGCCAAGACAGUGAGCAGCAGCCACCGGUGGGUCCUGGCAAAUCCAUCAAAUCACAGUCAUACAGUAACGACCGCCUUUCUCUGAUAAACACCAGGGAAGAAAAGCUUUCCACUUUGCCUCCACCUCCACCUAUACCUCCUCCUCCACCUCAUCCUUUAUCCCCAGCAACUUCGGCUGACUCCCAAAACUCAUCUCUACAUGAACAUGACACCGGGACAGCUGCUGCUGUACAAGAUGACAUGAUCGAGAUGUCGUCCGGGGACUAUGGCAAUGAUUACUAUGACAAGCUUUACGAUGAGUUUCUAGACAUGUACUAUGACUACGAUGAGUCGUUAUCGCCUACAACUUCUGCGAUGCCAGAGGCAGAUGUGAUGCACCAGCCCUCACAGCCCCCACCUUUAAGUAACCUGACCAGUGAAAGUCAUGCAACACACAUCCCCUCUACAAUAGCGAUGCCUUCAUCGCCUUCCCCAACCACUAUAGCUCCAGCAACAGCACCAUCAUCAACUUCGACAUCUACUACUACCCCUACAUCAGUGACAACACCAACACCAACUACCAUAACUACCACCACCACCACCACUGCUGCACUUCCUUCUACAACAUUACCCCCAACCAUCACCACCAGCACUACAAGUUCUACUACUAGUACUCCUGCAACUUCCACUGCUAGUACUACUACAACUUCUACUACUAGUACUACCACGACAACUACAGCAGCUACAACAAGUACAAUCCCUUCUACAACUAUAAGUUCAACAGCCCCAAUCAACAAAGCAUCUGCAGAACCUGGUGAGGGGAAAUUUUCAAACAGUACAAAAGAGGUGCAUCCAGCAGAAGUGGAAAAAGGCUCAUUCAUAAGUGUGGGGAGCGAGGAACAGCCUCUGGGUAGUGACUCUGCAGGCAGUCAACGGGUCCCCAAGCAAGAGACUCACCGUCCCAUCGUCAGGGAUCCACCAUUCUCAAGAUUUGAAUCGACGAGUUCAGGGCCUCCCAUCAGCCUGUCGGAGAUCAUGCAGGGGAUGGGCAUGACACUGCCUCAGUUCCUGGUGGCUCUGAAGGCUCACGGCCUCACCAUGAAGACCUUCACUACUAGCCUUCAAGCCAGGGCGCUCACAAAGCGAGAAUUCAGGAAUGUUAAAGGUGACAUGAAUUCACUUCUCAGCAUGCUGAAGGAAGAUACCAAUAUAGCAGCCAGUGAAGGCAGCAAUGGAGACUUAGAGGAUAAAGGUGUAUCGAAAGAUGAGGGUCAAUCGAUGGAGGAGAAACAGCCAGGUGAGGUAAAAUUGAUGGAUGAUGGAAAAUUGAUGGCUGAAGGAAAAUCGACUGAUGAUCUGAAAUCGACAGAUGAGGGAAAAUCAGCAGAUGAUGGGAGAGCAACAGUUGACGUGAAAAUGACGAAUAACUCGAAAGUAAUGGAGGAAAGGAAAUCAAUGAAUGACACAAAAACAACAAAUGAAGAAACAUCUACAGAUGAGGGGGAAAAUAUAGAAGAAAAACAAGUGAGCCUCAUUCCUUACUGGCUCACCCAUAGGCCUACUUGGAAACCAUCAACUACAACUACUACAACUACAACAACCACCCCACAGCCCCUUUCUUCGGCUCCAACUCCUAAAAUAUUUGGCUUUCGACCUGGUGGAAUACCACAAUUUUCUGUAGCACAACAUGAGAAAACUCUUAAUGUUACAAAAGAGGCAGAUGAAGACACAGAAGAGAAGGGAAAAGCUCCAAUCCCCAUUAAGAUGGACAUGGCAGCCAUCAUGAAGGAGAAAGGCCUGAGUGCCUCAGACAUUCUCCAUGAUUUAGGUUCGCUUUUCACAAUGGCUGACCAGGAUGUUACACCUGAUGCUGGAGUCACUACCAUUGUGGCUGACAAGGAAGCCGAGCCUGACUCAGGUGCCAAAUCCACUGCAACUGAAAAUGAAGCCAAGUCUGAAGAUGGAAUGUCUAUCAGUGUAACUGACACCAGUUCUACACAGAAUAAAAAGCCAAUAAACCUUGAAACAACGAUCCCAGAAACCAAGGAGACAGAUAACAGUAAAAACAGCGAGAGCGAAAGGUCUAAGCUACCAGUCUCUCCUGUGACUCUGAGGCCCUACAACCCUUCAGGGGGUUCUGAGAGGUACCGACCCCGUCCUUACCGCCCGCUGGGGGAGGGAGGAGGAUGGGAUGGAGGUUCUCACCGGAGUAUAAUCACUAACAGACACCAGACAACUCAAAGGACGACGCUCUUCCCACCCUAUCAACCACCGCCCUUGAAAACGACCAGCGAAUUAUCGUCUGUGCUCUCUGUAUUGCACAACUCAACGACGACUUCAAAUGGCUAUGACAUCACUUUUGAUCUGAUGGAAGGUGGUGUGCCCAUAGGAACCCACUUGGGCCAGGAUUACCGGUCUCGAUACCCGCAUGACGGCUACCACCCAGUUCAUGACAAUGACCCCGACUCCCUCAAUAUGUCGACCAAGAGCGCCAUCAUGGCAGCCUCCAUCUUGGGAGGAGUGGCCUUGUGUGUUUUUCUGGCCAUUUUCGUAGUGGUGAUGUACCGCGGGCGUUCCCGCCUCCGUCGCCUGCCCCUCUCUCUAUCCCUCUCCAGCGACGCCUCCUCUUCUUCCACUCCGCCCAUAUACUCCACUAGGUUCAGCGGUGGCAAGGGACCCCACAAGACCUCAGGUUUCUGGGGAACGCUCAAGAAACGUUUCGACCCAUACUCGUUAAGUCCCACUCCCACCGUCAUGACCUGAGUUUCGCCAACAGCGCACACUCAGUUACACCCAUUUGAAAGAAAAAUCAGCUGCUGCCCACAACAUUUAUCUAGUUGCACCCAGUUGAAAAAAUAGUCAACUGCAGCCCCUUAACACUCACCCAGUUGCAAAAACUUUCUCUACACCCACUUCAAGCCUCUGGUUGGAAGAAUUUCCUUCUGAGCUCAGUUUUGUGGUACGAUCCUUUAACAGUGGGCUGCCUUGACUGUGCUAGUAUCAAGGUGGGUAUAUAAAGUUCAUUAGUGUGUGUGUAUCUCGGUGUAUCAAACUCAAUGACUUGUGGACAAUACCUUUGAAAGUGAUCAUCCUGUAUGGAUCAUUCUGUGCAAGAAGGGUAGAGACUCGAUCCUUUGCUCAUUUCGUUACUCACAAUUAAUCAAAUGAGAUUUCCUGUCAGAAUACAACAAUUAUUUAAGCAGUGGUCCAUUCUUGGGAGAGGUGUCCCAGGCGCCGUUGUGUGUAUUAGACCAUUUGAAUUUUGCAAAAUUAAGUGUGAGCUCGUGAUCCCACCUCAUUAGCUCUUUUGAAAGGCAUUAAUUGAUUUUGGCCUCUUGGACCUUAUUGUACCUAAUAUUGAAAUUAUACUGAAUUUAUAUGAAAGUGUUUGUGGGUAUGCCAGUGAUGGCUCACGGAGCCAACCUUAACAGAACUUUUAAAAGUGAUUAUCAGAAGUUUCUCGACUGCUGCUCUCCAUUUAAGUCACUCCGGUUGCAGACUUUGUAGUUACUCGACAAUAUUUGUCCAAACUGUGCAUGGAAAAUUAUAAACGCUAUUAUUUGUCUAUAUAUGACUAUGUCUCGUGUAAGUGUUUAUACUUAGUCUUGACGCCCAUGUUUCUCUGAUCGUGUUAUUUAUUAUCAGACAUUCAUUAUGAGAAAUGUCCUUCCGUGAGUAUGUCUUCCAGAGGGUUAUAAUACGUUUUAAAAAGUUUUCUUUAUCUCCGACUUUCCAGUAUCAUGUACGUGUGUUAUGUACGUUAUUGUGCUUGCAGAUGAAAGUGCAUUAUGGCAGCUGCUCCGCCUAUACUACUUUGGAAGCACGCAACUUGCAAAUGCCAAAGUAUUCAGCGUUGUUAUAGCGUGUGUGUGUGCAUGUGUGUGUGUGUGUGUGUGUGUGUGUGUGUGUGUGUGUGUGUGUGUGUGUGUGUGUGUGUGUGUGUAAUUACCUAUUUAAUUUGCGGAGGUUAUGCUCCAGGUCUUGGUUCUGCUUAAAUGUUUGUGUGGUUGGUGGUGCAGAAGGAGAUAGUCUCCAGGGUGUGGCUCCAGGACAUGUCUCCAGAGCAUGGCUCCAGAGGGUGCCUCCAGGGCAUGGCUCCAGAGCAUGGCUCCAGAGCAUGGCUGCAGGGCAUGGCUCCAGGGCAUAGCUCCAGGGCCUGGCUCCAGGGCGUUGCUGUGGUUGGUGGGUGUGUGGUUGGUGGUGCAGAAGGAAAUAAUCUCCAGGAUGUGGCUCCAGGACAUGGCUCCAGAGCAUGACUCCAGGGCUUGGCUCCAGGGCUUGGCUCUAGGGCAUGGCUCCCGGGCGUGGCUCCAGGGCGUGGCUCCAGGGCGUGGCUCCAGGGCGUUGCUCCAACAUAGCGCAAGACUAAAUUCAUUGCUGUUACCAAGUGCGCAGAGGCAUCCAGAAAGUCUUCCGUCAUCACUAGUGAGAAACGUAACACUAGCCAUCCAAAUCAGGUCCCUCCCCUUAUCUAAGGAUAUUAUCAAUAUAAGACUUUUAAACCUAAAUCUUAUUUAAAUAUCAAGACAUUUUAUAUAAAUACCUGACAUUGCGUAGAAAACAAAAGUUAUGUAACUGUGUGGAACGAUGGAGGUUUGACGCUGUAUCGGGUGAUCGAAGCCUCGCUCCCUCCAUUACCAGUGGGACCAUCUGACUAUGUUGUUUUAGUAGUAAGCGAUGCAGCUUCAUCCUAACACAUGCGAUACACAAGAGUCUCCAUGAAGUAUGAAUAACUCUUUAACAAGACAACGCUACGAAAAGUUUGUAUGUAGAGUCGUAGACAAUCGUAACAAUGGCUUCAUUACUUACUGAAACAUGGCACCUAGCAGGAAUUUUGAGUAAUGACAGAUUGCAAUUGUAAUUAUGUAACUUUAACGUUAGCAGCUCGAUCCUCAUCUCAGGGAAGGAACUCCUCGCUCUUCCUGACGAGAGCCGCAAAUGUGACCUUGUGAAUACGUCAGGUAUCUCUUACUACGUCAGUUGGGGUUAUAGGGUAAAGAAAUAGCCAUCACAACCCGUCCUCCGAUCAGACCCAUGUUUAUACACGAUUUUAUUCAUGGUAUUAUUUAAAAGUUAUUCGUCCAGGACUCAUUGGUUGUAUAACGAGGUUUCUACUGCUACAGCACACUAGUGUUAUAUUUUUUCAAGGGUGGAAAACCCGAACCGAUAGGCUAGCGGUUGCUUAACCUCCGAGUUCGGCAUCCCCUGCAUCAGGAGAUAUUUCCCCAGACGAACAACAAUAUCAUCAGACGUUAUAAUGUAACCAGAGAGUGUAUACCCGGUGGACGCUAGUGCUACUAAGACUGAAAAUAUCUAACUUCUAACUUCUUAAGAGAAUCUGUCUAAUGCUAUUAAAAGCAAACGGUUCUGGGUGCCAAGGGGUGUCUGGCGAACUUAGACAUUGAUGGCGGCUUGUACGAAGCCGUGUGUGUGUGACAGGGAAACCCAGAACUCUUCAGUGCCUCAAUGGUCUUAUUUCUACAUUACAGCAGACUCACCUUCGCCAUAUUUUCCUUUACCAACAGUAACAUGUUUUAUGGUAUCAGCCUUGAGUAACAACAGAGUGUUUGUAUACCAUCGUGUGGGUGGAUGGUGCUUACACCAAGCUAUAAGACUUGAUAUUAUAAAAUACUCUUACUAGUGUAUUUAUUGUUGACAGGAAUAAAAAAUACUGCCUAUACCCUGCGUUUUCUUUCUCCUUGUG